GUAAAGGAAUGGUCAGUUCACGUGCUAGCUGCGGAUAUGGCUGCAGUACCGCUAACAUCAGCUGUGCCAGCACUCGUUCGUAUCGCGAUACGCGACGUUAACGAUGAGCCUCCGCAGUUUAUCAAGGAAUCAUUCAAUGCGAUACUCACACUACCCACAGUCAAUGGCGUUGUGGUAGCAAAAGUGCCAGCAUACGAUGUUGAUACAGUUGGUCGAUUGCGUUUCGCCAUCAAAUCGAAUGAGGCCAGAAGUUUGUUCAGAAUUGAUGAAUUCGAAGGUGUGGUUCGCGUCAAUAUGAACCAUUCAACAGAUUUCACUAAGAAACAAUACAACAUUCCAUUGGUUGUUUCCGACGGUGUUCAUUCGGAUUCAGCCUCGCUCAUAGUGACAAUUCGUAAUGCAACAACAAAUGCGGAUUCGUUCCAUUUUCUGCAGAGCGAGUAUCGCGUUUCAUUGAGAGAGAACCAAUCCUCCGCAAUCCCCCAACCCUUACUCACAGUCACUGCAGUCGAUCCAAGUGUUGAUGAAGCCGUCAUGUAUCGCAUUCUGAAUCCUCGCGCCGAAUUCGUUAUCGGUGCGGGGUCGGGUGUGAUCAGUUGGACUGGUGUUAUGCUUGAUCGUGAGAUGACACCAACCAUCAAACUCGUUGUGCAGAGAGACCUUAUAGUAUUUAAUCUUAUUGCGGGUACUAGUGAAAUGAAUGGAGCCGGCUUAAAAGGUCACCUUUGUCCUCUGACAAAUGUUCGCUGA